GGUGAGGGGGAGCGAGCAGCGACUGUCGUCAGGUUGCGCAAUCAAUGCUGUCUGACACGAGGUACAGGUCUUCUUCCGCCCUGCGGAACCCCCCCCGGAGUGUGAUCUGGUUUGGAGACGGUCCGUCCACACCCUCUGCUACAUCAUUGAUUCAGCAGACCCUCUGAGGUUUUAGGUGGUAGAGCCGUGCCUUUAGGCUGGUGUGGAGUCAUCACCAUGGUCACCACGAAAUCCUCCAAGCACAAGAAGCUCAUGGAGGCGGGCGGGGUGUCGAAGCUCCACCUCGCGGUGUUUCAGGGCAAGCAGGAGAAGGCGCGGAAGCUCCUCCAGAAGGGAUGCCCCGACGUCAACCGGGGGGACAAGUUCGGCCAGACCCCGCUUCACAUAGCCUGCCACAGGGAAGGCCUCCUGGGCUGCCUCCAGCUCCUAGCGGCCCACGAGGCCAACCUCAAGGCUCUGGACGCUAACGGCAACACGGCGCUUCACUCGGCGGCGGGGUCGGGCGCGGCGGCGGCCGCGAAGUUCUUGCUUGGGCGCGGGUUGUCGGUUGCCGACAGGAACAAGGACGGGCACACCCCAAUGGACAUCUGUAUGCUACACUGCCCAGCGGAUAAGAAGAGAACCAUGCAGCUCCUGCUAGAAGGGGGCGUGAAGGUAGGGGAAGAGGACCGGGCAGCCGGGGGCGAUUCCGCCGCCGCCGCCGGCCCGCACGACAAGAAGAACAGAUAUGACGUCGGUGACAACACUGCUGCUGCUGCUGCUGCUACUGCUGCUGCUGCCGUCACAACUCCCGCGUUCGGGGGCGAGGUGACGAGAAGCGGCGGCGGUGGCGCAACCAACGUUCCCGAGACCGGCCCCAUGACGAAGGCCGUUGCGGGGCACGACGCGGGGGCCGGGGCAGUGGCGGCGGCCGACGUCGCCGUCCCUCAUACUCCUUCCACCGGCGGCGGCGGCGGCGGCGGCGGUGGCGGCGACAGCGAUAGCGUGUUCGUAGCGACGUCGUCUUCUCCGUUGCCGUCGUCGUCGUCGAUCGCGGAGCCCAGGAGUGCCAACCCCAGCGGCCGAGCCACCACCACCGGCGGUGGCGACGACCGCGUCGCCCCGACCACCCCCGCGAGGACCAAGAAGAGCACGCGCGGGGCCUUCUUGUCCGCCGUGUACCGGGGAGUCAGCGGCGGCGGCGGCGGCGGCGGCGGCGGCGGCGGCAGCUUGAGCUUCAGCAGCAGCAGCAGAGAGUCUCCCCCGCGUCGCGGCGGCGGCGGCGGCGGGGGGGGUGUCGAGGAGGCUAAGCAAAACACGAGCCUGCUCUUCACGCCGAGAAGGGGUUCCGCGAAGAUGGCGGCGCUUUCGAAGGACGGGGGGGUGGCGGCCGUGGCGGCCGCGGCAGCGAGGACGGGGGCGUCGACGCCGGCAAGAAGAGCGGCAGGAGCCGAGGAGAAGCCUGGAGUGGCGGCGGCUACCCCCAAGAAAAAACGGACAUCACUCCAAGAGCUUCACCUUGCCAUAUUCCAGGGCGACACGGCAAAGGUGGAGGAAGUGGUCGCACGGGGUGAUGCGCGAGCGCUGAGCGAGGCCGACAGGCACGGGCAAACGCCUCUUCACCUCGCGUGUUACAAGGGGUCGAGAGUGAUGACUCGCCUGCUAGUGGAGGGGGGAGCGAACCUGGAGGCGGUGGACGUGAACGGCAACGGGGUGGUCCACGCUGCGGUCUGCGACUCCCCCGCUGUCCUGGCCAUCCUCAUCGAUCACGGGGCGGACGUGACCGUGGCUAACUUCGACGGACUCACGCCACAGAGGCUUUGCGAGCAGUACUGCCCUCCCCGCUUGAAGGAGCGAAUGCUGCAGCUGCUGAAGGAGGGAGCCCUGGCGCAGGCCAAGGCCACCGCCCGAAAGAACCAGGUUGCAGAAGAGCAGGUCAACAUCGAGGCGGUCUACCACCAGCUGGCGAUGCUGCGGUCCAAGCUGGCGGCGACGGCGGCCGCCAACACGGACAUACCGGCUUCGGAGGCGGCGGAGGGCGCCCAGAUGGAGAACGCCCUGCUGACUCUCGUGGAGGCUAACGUUAGGGUCGUGGAGGGGCAGAGACACGCGUUGGAGAACAUGGAGAAGACGGUUGACAGGAUGGAGCGCAUGUUCCGAAGGCUACACAUGCGGCUCGAUUUGGUGCACCCGGGGGACGUUAGCUUCUCCUAAGAGAUGCAGCAAGCCCCCCGAUGCGAAAGAAUGAAAUGGCAUUUCCCCUAGAGCGAAAAUCGAGUCGACGAAGAUCGUCGGCUCGAAAAGGCGGGCGCCUUGUUUUCUUUAGCAGUGCUACUGUAGAAUGUCCCUGCCGUCCGUUGCCUUUUGUAUUUUUUUUUCUGCUGUCAUGUACGUCUUACCCUAGAUGUACAUGUUUUUGGGGGGGGCGGGUUCUGGUGGCUACGUAUGUGUUCCUGUCGUGUGGUACAGCGUUGUCGCCCAUUUGGCCUCUCCGGCGAGCGCACCGGUGGUAUUUUCAUCCCCCCCGUUUUUUUUUU